AUGAUCUACGAGAAUGCUAUAGCGUCUAUAACCCACUACUCGUUGCCUAUCACCACUGCCUUGGAGAGUUUCUGCGCUCCGCUCAUCCUCUACCUGACCGUAUAUCAUUCCGCGCAAAUGAAGCGCUACCGCUACUUUAUAAUGAACAAUGUGAUCUGGAAUUGCCUGCUCAACUGGGCCUCGUGCAUCUACCGACCGGCCUACAUUUUUCCAGCGCCUUGUGCCACCUUUGAGAUUGCAAUUCACAACACUUGGUUCACUGGCGUCAGCUCCGUGGUUCUGCUGUUUAUUGUUGUGAAUGCGGAGACGUCGGUGGUGUGGAGUGUGCUUUAUCGGUUUUUCAUGGUAUGGCUGAGUGACUUCCUUACCUCUUGCGGCAGAAACAUUGCACGUCAAACUGAGGGGUCCGGAAUAGACCCUUCGCUAUCGGUUUUUACACUUCGUCUUGAUUUCACAGAGAAGUCAGAGAAAAAGACGCGCAAAAACGUACUCUCUCGCCCCAAAAAAUCCCCAUUUCUUCCCCGACUAAAUGUUUUUUCGGGUCUUUUUUGGCGGAUUGCCAACUUAUUCAUCGGGCCGUUUGAGCCUAUCUCACAAGGGAAGUACUUGAAGUGUGACGCUCAGAUUUUGAUGAAACUUGGCACAAAUUUAGAAUAAUUUUUUCUAAGAUAUAUGCGGGAAUCCUAGCUCGCGCUUUGCAGAAACAACCGAGAUUUUUAGAUCGAAAGUCGGCGAAAAUUUGGGACUUUUUGCCGAAUUUCGGCACGAAAAGUUUCAUGCCUAUUUCAACCGUAAAGAAUAAUGUUUCUACAAAAAAUCAAAUUUUUCCGCACGAAACUGCCAAAGUUAUGGCCAAAAAGCGUUUUUCUCUCUGACCGCUCUCCACGUUGAGCGUGCUCUCUCGGCGGCAAAAAUCGUUCAAUAUCUCGGCGGCGCCCGCAAAGCGCGAGCUAAAACUUUCAGGAAUUGAUAUUUAGUCCAUACCCGAUGUGUGUGCAAAAUUUAAAGAAAAUCUGAGCGUCACACUUGAAGUACUUCCCCUGUCAGUUUGACGUGCAUUGUAUAAUAUAAUACAAAAUGGUUUCAGUCCUAUCCCGGCUGGAUCAGCGAUUUUGUUGAGAAGAGAAGGCUGGCGAUCGUAUUGUUUGUAUUCGCCCAAAUAUUCGUCGAUUUCUUGGUGCUUUGGCCGUUUUUUGUCUACAAACGACCCAGUAAGUGUUGAAGGCAUCGAAAAAAUAAGUUGAAAAAUCGGGUCCGGCAGGCUUUUACGGCACCGAAAUAGCCAUGCCAGCUCAGGGGAAAUUUUUAAACAACCUUAGAAUUAAAAUUGUUGAUUGCAACCUCUAACCAAAUCCUUUUUCUUGUUGGUGAAGCCGCCGAGCAAGAGCAGUUCCUGAAAGAAGCCCCUUAUUUUUGGCCCUACGAGCCCUCCCUCGGCUACUUUUGUUCGAUGGACAAGGAGCUUCUCAUAGAAAUCGUGUUUGGUGGCGUCAUCAUGCUAAUGUGUUUCUUUGCGAUGGGCACUGUCGUUUUUAUCGUCCUGUGUUAUCGAGUCAUCGUUGUGAACAAAGACAAUGGGGAGUUCUUUGCCGGAAGCUUGCAUCGUAUGCAUAAAAUCUUGUUUAAGGUAAGAGACGAGUUGAUCUCCAAAAUUACAGUGGGGGACCUCAUCCAGUGGCAGAAAAGAUACCAUUUUGCAUCCACGAAGUAUCAAAAAGCAAAAUACCUCCCAAGUGAAAAAACUCAGAUUUCAAAAGCGCGCCCGCUCUUCUUGUGAGGAAAAGGAAGUUUUCACUUGGAGAGGGAAGCAUUAUGCCACAUUUUUGAUACUUUCCGAAUGCAAAAUGGCCCUUUUUUUGCCACUGGAUCAAGUCCCCCCACUGUAGAGGGCAAACCGGCCUAAAUUUUGCUCUGAAUUGGCACAAAUCCUGAUUGUAUCAACCUAAAUUUCAGGCGGUAGCGUUCCAGGUUCUGGUCGGCUUCAUUUUCCUCCUCUUCCCCACGGUAGUCAUUCUGUUCGUCUUCUACGCACAAUGGGAAGAAGGGACGACGAUUGCGGCCGUUUGUUUGGUUCUGGUGCAAGCGCACGGAUGCGCCGAUUUCUUCACCAUGAUUUAUUUCAUUGUGCCAUAUCGUCGUCAGCUGUUAAAGUUCUUUGGGAAGGCGACUUCCAAAGUCGCGCUGGCUGAUCCCGCAACAUAG